GAUUCGGGGAAAUCGGGGACACUAGCAAUCCGUCGUGGUUCUGGCUCAAGGCGGGAGUUUUCCAGAUGGUGAUGGCAAUGGACCUCUCGGUGGAAACUCUUUACGGCUUCAUGCAGGAGCGCCAGAAGAAGUACGCCAAGUACGCGGAGCAGAUCCAGAAGGUCAACGAGAUGUCUGCCAUCCUCCGCCGUAUACAGAUGGGCAUCGACCAGACGGUCCCGCUGAUGGAGCGGCUGAACAGCAUGCUGCCGGAGAGCGAGAGGCUGGAGCCCUUCAGCAUGAAACCCGACCGGGAGCUCCGGUCUUAG